ACAGCCUUCAAUUGACCCAGUGAUUCCUAAACUUAUUUCUGCAGCCCCCCUCUUUUGGGGGAUGUUAUUUCAACCCCCCCAACACACACAGGUUUUGCUAUAAAUAAGAACUGGCUUAGCUUGCAAUAAUCAAUAAUUACUUCAUUGGUCACCAUGCAGUCACUCAACUGGGUGUUGGGUUCUGACUUGAACUAUCCCUGCCUUCUUAACCCAACCAAUCCAGUUACGCUUUCUCCGUAUGUGACGUCACGUGACAAAGAAAGCGUAACUGGAUUGGCUGGGUGUUAAACGAGGAAUUUCGCCGGUUGAAUCUCAGGGUCGCGGGGUGUUGGAGCCGAUCCCAGCCAACUUCGGGCGGAAGGCAGACUACAACCAAAACCGGUCGCAAGUCAGUCAUAUGGCACAACUCCAAAACUUGGAUCGUGACAUUGGGAAUCAACCAGUUUUCAUCCGACUACCCUUCACAAGUUCGAGGAGAGACCGACAGGGGGCGACUCACGCCCAUAUUAGGGAUUGCAGUGUAAACUGCAAAAAAAAAUAAUAAUAAAAUAAGAUAAAAAAUGUUUUCAGCGUUCUCUUUCAUACACAGUAGUUCAUUUUAUACAACGGUGACUUUAGUGAUGGGAUAACUUGUGAUUCUCUUCUUUCAGGUCCAUUGAAUUGAAUAGGCGAUACAGUAUAAUCAUUAUUUGAAAGGACUAAUUUUAUGCUUGAGCUGGAAAUGGUGUCAACUUCCAGAUGUGCAUUAAUUCUAGUCAGGUCGAAUCAACUGAUUGAAUGAAUAGCAAAUUAUUUAUUUAACAUGGCAGCCCGUCAGUUAGUACUUCCUCCAGUAUAUGACGUGUGGGGGCCGAGCAGUACGAGGGUUGCUCUCAUUUAAGUUGAAGUCAUCUGGAAGGAUGCUCUCACUCUCCCACACAGCGUCACUUGAAAGCCGGCGAAGUCCAUCUUUGGGCGCCUUGACGUGGAUUUAGGCGGCGCAUAUGCGUACGGCACACAAGUAUGAGGACGGUGCUGACUUUAUGUGACUUUUGAGAGCGCAUCGGAGAGAAGCGCAGAGGUAAACGGAAGGAAAGAGCGAGACUUAUGUGUGGCGUCGGGGUGGGUUUGACCACUCCAACCGGUGCCGUACUUGACUCCAGGGGCCGAACGUCAUGGGCGGCAGAGAGGCGCUGGGAUGUUGCCUGUUGCUGGCCGUGUGCUGCUGCCUUCUUCCGGCUUGCAGAAGCAACAUCACGGUGGCGGUGAUGCUGCCGGACAACCACCACAAGUACCCGUGGGCUCUGCCGCGCGUCUUCCCGGCCAUCCUCAUGGCGCACGAAGACCUCCAGGGCAAACACGGGCUGCUCCUCGGCCGCUCCAUCAACAUCCUCAACUACAGCACCGAGGACCCCGCGGCGGGUUCGUGCGCCGAGAGCCGAGCCCAGGUGGUGGCCGUGGACGCCAAGCUCUACAUUCGCCCGGACGCCUUCUUCGGCCCCGGUUGCGUGUACCCGCUGGCCUCGGUGGGGCGCUUCGCAUCCCACUGGAAACUUCCGCUCAUCACAGCCGGCGGACCCGCGUACGGCUUCGACAAGCGGGACGAGUAUCGCACCAUCGUGCGCAGCGGGCCGUCCUCCACCAAACUGGGGGACUUCACCAACAUGCUACACACGCACUUCAACUGGACGUCCCGCGCCGUGGUGAUCUUCCACGACUUGCGGCACGACGACCGGCCGCACUACUUCCUGUCGGAGGGCAUCUACCUGAAGCUGAAGGAGGAGAUGAACGUCACGGUGGAGGCCCAGCCCUACGAAGACGACUUCAAAUUCUACAAGGAGCUCAUUGCCUUCAUGAAGGAGCGCGGCAGAAUUGUGUACAUAUGCGGCCCCCUGGACACUUUCCUGAACAUCAUGAAACUCUUCCACAGCGAGAUCCCAGACCCAGAAAACUACGCCAUUUUUUAUCUGGAUGUCUUUGCAGAAAGCUUGACAGAGCGCAAACCAUGGCAGAACUCUGACCUUGAUGGGAGCGAUCCCAUCAAGGUCUUUAAGUCCGUUUUUGUUAUAACAUACCGACCUCCUGAUAAUCCCGAGUACAAAGAGUUUCAGAGACGACUCCAUGUGAGAGCACAACAGGAUUUCGGUGUGCAUUUGGAACCAUCAUUGAUGGACUACAUCGCAGGCAGCUUUUAUGAUGGGUUUGUACUCUAUGCAAAGGCCUUGGAAGAAACGUUGGCUGACGGCGGCGCUCAAAACGACGGCAUCAACAUUACAAUGAGAACACAGAACCGGCAAAUCUGGGGGGUGACAGGUCUUGUUACCACUGACCACAAAAACGCCAGGGAUAUAGACAUCAACCUUUGGGCCAUGACCAACCAGGACACAGGAGAGUAUGGGUUAGUUGCUUACUACAAUGGGACCAUGAAGGAGAUCAUUUGGUCCCAGACAGAGAAGAUCCACUGGCCCAGUGGGGGCGCACCGCUGGAUAACCCACCCUGCGUGUUUUCCACAGACGAUCCUUCAUGCAAUGAUGGUCAGCUGCCAGUUCUGGGAAUUGUAGCUGUGGGAUCUGGCUUGGCGCUCAUCAUUUUUGGAAUCUCCAGUUUCCUCAUUUACAGGAAACUAAAGUUGGAGAAAGAGCUGGCCGGAAUGCUGUGGAGGAUUCGGUGGGAGGAACUCCAGUUUGAGAGCCCCAAUAAAUACCACAAACGAGCCGGCAGUCGCCUCACUCUCUCACAGAGAGGCUCCAGUUAUGGCUCCUUGAUAACUGCUCAUGGAAAAUAUCAGCUAUUUGCAAAAACGGGCUAUUUUAAGGGCAACCUGGUGGCCAUUAAACACGUCAACAAGAAAAGAAUCGAGCUAACCAGACAGGUUUUAUUGGAACUCAAACAUAUGAGAGAUGUCCAGUUUAACCAUUUCACCCGCUUCAUUGGAGCCUGCAUCGACCCUCCCAACAUAUGCAUCAUAACGGAGUACUGUCCCAGAGGCAGUUUGCAGGACAUUCUGGAGAAUGAGAGCAUCAACCUGGACUGGAUGUUCCGCUACUCACUGAUCAAUGACAUAGUGAAGGGCAUGAACUAUCUCCACAACAGCUAUUUUGGCUGCCAUGGAAAUCUGAAGUCAUCUAAUUGUGUGGUGGACAGCCGGUUUGUGUUGAAAAUCACGGAUUAUGGAUUAGCCAGCUUUCGCUCAUCCUGCGAAAACGAUGACUCUCAUGCUCUGUAUGCAAAAAAGCUGUGGACAGCACCUGAGCUGCUCAUAUAUGACCAUCAUCCUCCUCAGGGGACACAAAAGGGUGAUGUGUACAGUUUUGGCAUCAUCCUACAGGAAAUAGCUUUAAGGAAUGGUCCUUUCUAUGUGGAAGGCAUGGACCUCAGCCCCAAAGAGAUUGUGCAGAAGGUCAGAAACGGCCAGAAGCCUUACUUUCGGCCAACGACGGACACGAGAUGUCACUCGGAGGAGCUGACCAUCCUGAUGGAUGGCUGCUGGGCCGAGGACCCUGCAGAGAGACCCGACUUUGGCCACAUCAAGAUCUACAUGGCCAAACUCAAUAAGGAAGGCAGCACCAGUAUUCUUAACAACCUGUUGUCCAGGAUGGAGCAGUACGCUAAUAAUCUGGAGAAUCUGGUGGAGGAGCGAACGCAAGCCUACUUGGAGGAGAAAAGGAAAGCAGAAAAUCUUCUCUAUCAAAUUUUGCCACAUUCAGUAGCAGAGCAGCUCAAGCGAGGGGAGACAGUGCAGGCGGAAGCCUUCGACAGUGUCACCAUUUACUUCAGUGACAUCGUGGGCUUCACGUCCAUGUCGGCAGAAAGCACGCCGCUUCAGGUGGUCACAUUACUCAACGACCUGUACACCUGUUUUGACGCCAUCAUUGAUAACUUUGACGUUUACAAAGUGGAGACAAUUGGUGACGCCUACAUGGUGGUAUCGGGGCUGCCGGUACGGAACGGAAAACUCCACGCCAGAGAGAUUGCCGGAAUGUCACUCGCAUUGUUAGAGCAAGUCAAAACGUUCAAGAUCCGACAUAGACCCAAUGACCAGCUGAGACUCAGGAUAGGUAUCCACACAGGUCCAGUCUGUGCUGGAGUGGUUGGUUUGAAAAUGCCCAGAUACUGUUUGUUUGGUGAUACCGUCAACACGGCAUCCCGAAUGGAGUCGAAUGGAGAGGCUUUGAAGAUCCAUGUAUCCUCAGCGACCAAAGAAGUGCUGGAUGAGUUUGGCUACUUUGAUCUCCAGUUACGGGGAGAUGUUGAAAUGAAAGGCAAAGGUAAAAUGAGAACCUAUUGGCUUCUCGGGGAGAAGUCUGAUGUGUAUGUUAUCUGAGAGGUGGAAAUGACAUCAGAAGAUCAGGUGGCCGAGCCACAUCUUUAUUUGUUCUAGAAUAAGUUUCUGUGUACGAUUUCCAUGCAGAGGAACAUAAACCACACACCAAAAAAAACCCAAAACAAAACAAAGAAAGUGGAAAUACCAGGUAUUUUUAUGACCUGAAUGCUGCGAGUUUUUUUUUCUCUUUUUUUUUUGUAUAAAGGGAAUUUUCUGUCGUAAAAGUGAGUGCUUUUCCCAGAAAAUAUCUUGUUUUUUGUGCUUUCUAUAUUCAUAUUUGUAUGAUGUGUUUUGAAGUCAAUGAUGUAUUAAUAUUUUCUUGGAACAUCCUUCAGAAUAGUGUUUACUGUAUGUACACUGCUGGCAGGCUUUAAUUGUGUCAUACAGUACAAUACAAGAUGUGUAUAUAUGUAUAUCCAAGAUACUGUAAAAUAUUUUGUUCAAUAAACUCAUUAAAAUAUUC